AUGGCAGCACUCGAUACUCAACCCCGUUACAUCUACAAGAUUGUUCCCUCCGCUGCACCAGUCAGCGAGCCCCUUCCUGAGCGCUUGCCGGUCAGCCAACUCGACCAAGAUUCGGGAUUUGUCCAUCUUUCGAUGGCGACUCAAGUUGCCAACACCCUCAAAUUUUUCUUCAAAGAUGAGCCGCUGGUGUACAUUCUACGUAUCGAUUACAGACGUGUGAUGCAAGAUGUCCGCUGGGAAUCUCCCGACGGCAAAGUGUGCGGUCCACGGCCCGGAGAAGGCUUGUUCCCCCACCUCUAUAAUGGCUUAAAACUGGGCAAGGACGAAGUCGAGAGUAUUGCCGUGUGGCAAAAUGAGGACGGGUGGGACAAAGCCAUUAACGGGGCUGAGGCAUGGCUCGUGUAG